AGCAAAAAUAAAAUGUACUUUACGUUCCAUUUCACCCAAAACUAAUCAAUGUACGCUUCGUUUGUCAUUAAUCGAAAACAACAACGCGCUAAAAUCCGUGAAUAUCUUGAAUUAAUUUAUUAAUUUCAGUUAAAAUACGUGAACUGAGUGCAAAAUGAGUGGCCCCAACGGCAUGUUGUACGGUGGUGACGAGAUCGGCGCUUUAGUGUUCGAUCCAGGGCACCACAGCUUGCGAGUAGGUUAUGCUCAGGAAGAUACUCCGAAAGCCGAUAUCCCUGCUGUGGUUGGUGUAGGACCGGCGACUCAUAUCCCAGAGAGCGAGGAGAAAGUCCCCGAUGGCAAUGUCACACAGAGCGGAACCAAAGCAGGCGGUGAGCUCCGGCACUACAUUGACGUCACGGAGCUCCACGUGCCCCGACCGGGCAUGGAGGUGCAGACAUACAUGAAGGACGGACAGGUCGACAACUGGGAUCUGUUUGAGAAGAUGCUGGACUAUUGCUACGCAAAGGUUAUCCGCUCCCCAUCCGAGCACCACCCAGCGCUGUUCACCGAAGCAGUGUGGACCACCCGGCCAGCCCGUGAAAAGCUGGCAGAACUGCUCUUCGAGAAGUACCAGGCGCCUGCCUUCUUCUUGGUGAAGAACGCUGUGCUCUGCGCGUUCGCUAAUGGAAAAUCCACAGCGCUGGUGGUCGAUGCUGGGGCUAGCCAGACUUCCGCUGUGCCGGUUGUAGACGGCUACGCCCUUGUAAACGCAGCCGUCCGGUCGCCUAUUGGGGGAGACCAUCUUGCAGCUCAAGCCAAGCAUCUACUGAGCAGUAUGCACAUACAGAUGUUACCCGUAUACAGCAUACAGAGUAAAGAAGUGAUCAGAGAACGCGAGCGAGCCAGAUAUACCUUAAAGACCCUACCAGCCGGCCUCACGCACUCAUGGCAGCAGUACAUGCUCAAACGGCAGUAUGAAGACUUCUGUCACUGCAUCGCACAGGUGUCAGAAUCGGCAUACGACGAGCGGGUAGCGAGUACGAUCCCGGGCGUUCACUACGAGUUCCCUGGCGGCUACCAUCAGGACUUCGGCGUCGAGAGAUUCAAGAUGGCCGAGUGCCUGUUCGAGCAGAGUCUGGGGGCGCCACAUUUAGCUUGCGCGGCGGCGGCGGCGUGCGACGCGGACGCGCGGCCGGCGCUGUGGGGCGCCGUGGUGGCGUGCGGCGGCGGCGCCAACACGCCCGGCUGGCUGGAGCGCCUCGCCAAGGAGCUGGCGGCGCGCGCGCCGUCCGCGCACCGCCUCAAGAGCCACGCCGCGCCCUCGCCCACCGAGCGCCGCUUCGCCGCCUGGAUCGGCGGGUCCAUCCUAGCGUCCAUCGGCUCGUUCCAACAGAUGUGGAUAUCGUCACAGGAAUACGACGAGGGCGGCAAAGGGCAGCUCGAAAGGAAAUGCCCUUAAAAACCGUUCUGCAGUAUCUCGAUAUACAUACAGUGUGUGUCUGACCAUGGGGCUUUAAAUCCAGGGCUCGAUUCUACUCGCUAAACUGAGCUACUUUUACUGUGGUACCAACCCCGAAAUCCCGAAUUUUUUUUACUUUUUCAUACAUUUUGCAUGCUGAUCAGAUGUCGACGUUUUCUAUGGAAAAGCCAAAAAAUUUUCCCGGUUUCCGGGUUGGUCCCGUAGUAAAAGUAGCUUAGUUUAGCGAGUAAAAUCAAGCCCUGGAUUUAAAGCCCCAUGCUCAGACACACCCUGUAGAUGUCAAUUCACAAGAGCUGGCACGAAUGGAACGAAUGAGUGAAUGAAAAUAGAGUCAGACCCAGAAUAGUCUGCAGAGUAUUUGAUAGCCCACGCAGUGAAAGUGUUAUUUUAAACGUCAAACUUCUAUGAAAUUAUGACGUAUAAAUGACACUUGCACUGCGCGUGGGCUACCAAAUCCGCUGCAGACUUUUUUUGGUCCGACUCUAUCUAUGUGUAUCAUCACAGAAUAAGUACCUAAUAGUACUACCAUACAGAAAGGAUUUGUGCACAAAUCACGCUAGGUGUUUUGCUACUUUUUCGAACCUCGCGUGAUUUAUGCACCUUUAUAAUGGCUCCUCUAUACGAUGGGCCAACGCCGGCCACUCCAAGGGACGCAUUUAUGCGUUGGAGGGAGCAAGUGAUAUUGCUAUCUCAUUCUACCGCAUGACUGCGUCCCUUGGAGUGGCCGGCGUUGGCCCAUCGUGUAGAGGAGUCAUAAUAUAUGGCACUAUCCCUAUCGGCUAUUUAGGUUUGUCAAAAUUCAAGUCAUUUUCUUAUCUGUGGUCGUGCACGAAAAGGGAUUCAAGUUGUGUCAACCCUAAUAAUUGCUCGGAGUUUGGAGCAAUGCUGAGCCUAACGGAGCCGAGAAUGCCCGAAGGCACGAGUGUCUCCUCACUGCCAAUAAAAUGACGGCUCUGGCUGUAUACCGAUAUAUGUCUCACUCAUACAAUGAAUGUUUCGUACAUUCCAUUCGUGCCAGCUUUCGUGAUACGACCUGUAGGUUAAAAGGGCCCACUGAUUAACAGUCCGCCGGACGGUAUCGGCCUGUCAGUUAGAACAAAAUUUUGACAGUUCCGUACAACUGACAGGCCGAUACCGUCCGGCGGACUGUUAAUCAGUGGGCCCCUUAAGAUAGAGCUCGCUUAUUUAAUAAGAAUAAUAAGUAUUAGUGUAAAAGUAAUGCGGUAUCCAGGCGGGACGAUGUGGUUGGCCGGCCGGUUAGUUAGACCAAGAAAAGUCUGCAGUGAUUUUGAUAGCCCACGCAGUGCAAGUGUUAUUUACACGUCAUAAUUUCAUAUAAGUAUGACGUUUCAAAUGACCCUUGCACUUGCACUGCGUGGACUAUCAAAAUCGCCGCAGACUUUUCUGUCUGACUCUACCUGUCAAUCCUACUCCUACGUUUAGUGUCAAAUUCUUGUUUGUCACAAAAAAGAGCAUAUAACCAAACGGAGUAGCCAUUAACAGGCGUUCCCCUCUGUCGAAAACAGGCGGCCAUUGGUCAUACACAUUGUAUGGACUGACGUUUAUCUGACAUGGCUAUUUUUACGUUACGUAUACAUUUGACGUGCGCCUCCCCCGCAAAAAUCGGCAAACCUUUUUUGUUCCGAAAAUUACAGACAUGGCGUCUCCGUUUGGUUAUAUCCUCCAAGGAUCAAAUGGAGGUGCGGACGCAAGAGUGCCAAUUUUUGACGCUUAUUAUGCGCGUUUGGGUGAUUUUUUUAAUUCAAGCGCUCGAAUGUCAACAUAAAUUUAAAAUCGAUGAUUGAAUUGUGGACGCUUGAUGAAAUUGACGUCAAUUGUAAAUUUGAUUGUCUCGUCUGGACGCCCAUUAAGAGCAAAACGGGCGCAGACAGAAGUACUAGGCGCAAUUAAGACUAGGUACUUACGUAUGUGGAUUUUUAGAAUAAAUGAAAUAGCUGUUUAAAAGUUUGAGGUGUAUUGAGGUCGCUGAAGUGGUAUUCAAUAUUAUAUUGUAGAUAAAACUAUUAGACAUCUACAGUCACGUGUAAAACUAUCGAUACGGACAUAGUGUCAAAAAUAUGGAUGUAGCCAACUUAUUCAAAAAUAUGUCCCAUUAGUUCUUAAUUCGCUGACAGAAGGACUAUGGGACAUAUUUUUGAGAUGAUUUGUGCGCCCAUAUUUUUACAGUUGACUGCACAAUGUACAUAUUACAUAUUUUUGGCGCUUUGUCCGUAUCGAUAUUUUCAGACGUGAAUGUACCAUAAAGCUAUCUCAUAAAAUCCUCAUCUGGAAAUGUCACUAAGGCCCCUUGCACCAUUCCACUAACCCAGUCGUUAGUGGAAUGAGAGUUGCCAUGGUUACCAGUACAAUUUGACACUAGGUUAACGGUUUAACCCCAGGUUAGUGGGAUGGUGCAAGUGGGCCUAAGUCGUGUAAAUUUGAAUAUUAUUUCAGCGAUAAACUGUUUUUUUCUAGUGAAAUAUUAAACAAAAACCAACAAAGAAACGGUAUAGGUAUGCAAUUUGCAAAAUAAAAACCUGAAAUGCGCGUUUAUUUGGUUACAUUUUCUAUACUGCAAAACGUAAUUCAAGACCAAAAAAAGUGAGACAAUGUUGCCAUUACAAUAAUUUGUUUCUAAAAUUGUAAAUUCCUUUUGAUAAAUAAUCACGCUAAGAUAAUUUAUUCAUUAGUAAUUUUACUCCUACUAUUUAAAAAAGUACUUUUAUUUAUUUAUUUGUACAUAAAUACAAGACGCGCUAGUAAAAAAGUGGCAACAUUUCUUACUUUUAUUGGUCUUGAAUUACGUUUUGCAGUAUACAGAAAACUAUUCAUAAUGUAUAGAUAUUGAACUAGAAAAACAAUUUUAUCGAAUGUAUGGUAUUAUGACUGAAAUAAAGUUUUUAAUCAAU